AUGGGAGAAACAAAUAUCACUGACCAAAGAAAGAUGAUGGAAUCACAUGUAAGUUGUUUGUCAAGCCUGCCCCCCCCCCCUCUCCACGAACUAAGAUAAACAUAAUAGGUUUAAUUAACCAAUAUUCAGAUGUCUGGAUAUUGUGAGAGAUCUUUUAGUUUCCUUUAAACAAGGAUAUAAGAAGUUUCAAGUCAAGUUCAAAAAAUAUAAUGCUUGCAUGUCAUUAAAUGCCUUUUUAAUAAAUUAUGACCGGAAUAAACUGCAGCUACCUGUACAUGCAUGCUGUAAUUAAAUUAUUUACAGAUGUUACUAUCAAAUAGACAUCAAGUACCAAACAAAUCUUGGGCUACAAAUCUGUUACAAUAAUGAAAUGAAAUUUAGAUUCUUUGUAUUAAAGUGACAGUGACGUGACACCUUAGUAAAUGAUUUUGAAACAGGAAUUUUAUCAUGCGAGUGAUGCUGAAAAUUUGCAGAUACAAAUUUGCAAAAUAAUUCAUGCAGGUUGCAGUUUAUCAUAACAGCAAGAAAACAAGUUGUUAUUUUUUAUUUGAGGCUGAUAUCUUCAAGGAACAUCACAAUUGCAACAUGAUUAUCCUGGUGCAUUGUAAACAUCAUUAUUGGGUUAUACACUAUGCACAUAUGGAACAGAAGGAUUGGGGCAACAAUUCAUUGGGACCAGCUCUUCUGAUCGAUCACAAGAAGGCAAUUGUGACACUUUUUGAGAGAUAUAUGAUAGGUAUGUACAGUAUUCAACACACAGGAUACUGUACAUCUGGCUAUGUAAAGCUAUAUAAAAACAACAUACAUGAUACAUCUAGGCUAUGGAAACCAUUCACUCAAAUACAAAGUAUUAUUGACAAAACUGUAAGAGUAAGGGACCGCUCAUUAUUUAUUGUACAGGGGGGAUUGAGGAGAAACUGGGGGGGCCUUCAAAUUUUUCAAAACCUGAAAGGGGGGGCUUUGAAAAAAUACAGAGAGACGAAAGAAGGGGGGCUUUGAAAAUAUUUACCAGUUUGAAAAAACAGUAGUUUUUAAAAUGUAUCACAAAACAACUUAACAACAAAUAACAAUAUUUAUAGACUUUAAUAUUCGUAAAUGGAAGUCAAAUAAAAAGUCUCUCAUGUUCAUGUAAAUAGACAAUUCCCAUUAUAGACUAAUUUUAGAACUAGGCAAAGAGAUGCAAAUCAAGGCCGGAUUUUGGUGAAAAUAGUGGGGGAGGUGGACAAAAAUUUUAGGAGAGGUGCAGCGGUCUAGCUCGCAACUCCCAUGGAAAGUUAGGGCUUAUUGUAGAACAGGCCAAUAUCAACGAGGUGAGGUAUGCAUGUAGUGUACAUAAUAUGUACCAGUGUAUUAAUGAAUUAUGAAUGUAUGACUCCAAUCUUGCCCUUCAUUACAAUUGCUACACUGUUUCUUUCAAAACAUUGCAUUAAAAGGGUGCUUGACAUGGCUAUCACUGUUUCAAUUUUACAGAGAAAACUUUCUUACGUCACAAAGUGUAGAUCCUAAGCAACCAUCACAUUUUCACUUUGUUCCAUCAUUGAAACUUUCCCAAGGGGAAGUGCAUGACCUUUCAAGAGAGGUGGAAAAAUUCUCAGGGGAGGUGCAAAACGAUCUCUGGGGAGGUGCGCACCUCUCCACACUUCCCUCAAAAUCCGGCCUUGAUGCAAAUAAAUCACCACAGCUAGAAAGAGCAUACUAAGAUAAGUAAAUUAUUGCAAAGUUUGGUUGCGAAUUGUUGCAAAAUACGGAAAAUAUAGCCUUGCAAAGUUUGCAAAUUUUGUACACUUUUGUAUUGCAUGCGAAAAUUGCAAUUAUACAAAAGAAUACAAAAUUUGCAAACUUUGGAAGGCUAUAUUUUCUACAUAUUUUACAACAUUUUGCAACCAAACUUUGGAAUUUUAGUAAUUUUAGUAUCAUAUGACCCUCCCGGGAAUGUACCUUUUUUGGUAAGAUAAAAAAUUAGUCUAUAAUGGGAAUGUCUAUUGGUCCCCAUUACCUAUUUUUCUUUCUCUAAAAUAAACAGCUAGAGUUUUUGUUUCUCUAAAUAAAGAUAAAGAGCUAGAGGAGGGGGGGGGGAGCAAAAUUUAUGUUCUUGUUUUGCCUGUUGGGUGGGGGGGGGGGCUUUGAAAAUUUUACUUGUCUUAAGAGAGGGGCAACGAAAAAAUAUUACAACUGUAGAGUUUCUCCUCAGUCCCCCCCUGUACAAUAAAUACUGAGCGGUCCCUAACUUACCUAUACAUGUAGAGUCUUACGUGGAACGAUGUCACGAUGUCCUACAUUUACAAUCUAUGAAAAUUUUGAUAUUUUCCAGGAUGUUUAUGCAACAACCUCGAAGGUUUGUGGUGUUCAUGCCGAUGUCUUGCAUGUUGUCAGUUAUUUUGGAUGUAUUUUGUCGAUUAUUGGUCUGUCCCUUACUAUAUUUACGUAUACGUUUUUCAGGUAAGAAAAUGAGAUUUAGAAAUCCUAUCCGUUGAAUACAGUAUAGGUACAUGAAAUAACGUGGCUGAAAGUGUUAAUUCUAAUCAGAAGUAAAUUAACACUACUUUCGUUGUGCACUUAAAGUGCACCUAACCUCAAUUCUUCUACCAUCUCAUUCCUAAGAGCCUUUGAAAUGGUAUUCAGGGCCGCAGAGAGGGGGGGCGGGGGGGGGGAGGUUGUUCUCCGGAAAAAAAUUUUUCCGGGAAAAAAAUUUUUAGAUAGGGGCCCUAAAAAAAAAUUUGCCUCGGGCCCCCGCCAACCUCUCGGCGGCCCUGAUGGUAUUGUAACUUAUUUUGAAGAUUUUCAUGUGCACACUUUGUCUCGGACUCACUCAGAGUUAUUUCAGUUUUAUUGAUAUGCAAAUUUUCGGAAUUUACGUCACAUAUGAAUAAUGACUGAUCAAAGAAUGUAAGGUACAGUUAAAUAUCAUGAAAUAAAAAGGCUAAAUGCAAACAAACUGAAAUAUCUCAAAGUGAGCAAACGAUAUAUAAUUUAAGAAGUUCUUAAGAAUGAGAUGGUAAAAAUAAUUGAGGUUGGGUGCACAUUAAUUGUAUUGCGUGCUACAACGUACGGCGCAAAUACAGUACAUAAUGAAUUUCCAAUGCGUCCGUUACGCGUUCCUCUUCUUUAGUAUUAGACCUAUAGGAUGAAUGAUUACAAAGUGUCAAUCUUGACUCAUCUACAGUAUAUCGUACUAGCAGGCUCUACCUCACUGUUAGUUAGCAUGUCCUAGAAUUGUACCUAUUCAGCUGACCCUUGUAAGUGACGUCACAACACGAAUUGUUUGAUUUCCGCCAUUUUGGGAGGCAAAUGCCUAACGCUAAAUCGUCAAAGUUUUAAUGCUAAUUCAGAAAGGCAAUUUUCUUGCGAAUUUUUUCAAGAUGUCUAUUACAGUAUUUUUUCCAUCCGAAAUGGCGUGUUUCCUAGUGUGACGUAACAUUAUCGCGUGAUUGCAGGACCUGAAUAAUAACAAUUUACUGAAGUACUGUAGACUGUGCUAUACAGGUUGUAUAAAAAAACUGAACAGAUUUGAAAUUGUUCUCAAUUUCGCAAAACAGCUCAUGGUAUCAAGUUUUUGUUAUAUAUAGAUUCCUUGAGUACCAAUAAUGUAGAAUAAUGAAAAAAAUACUGGAACUUAAAUUGUGUAAACCAGGGGGUGUUUCUUUUUCCAAACAAACUAAAAAUGGCUUGCGCACGAAAUUUAAAAGCUUUAAUUGUAUUUUGAGUUAAUGGAUGGAAAGUUUUUGGGGUUUUUAAUUACUGUACAAAAUUUCAGACAAUUUGAUUUAGUUUAAGCCCCUUCAACUAUUCAUUUUUCCAAAAAAAUCAGUCUUUCGCAUGCUUAAUUAAUGCCUUUACCUAAUUUGCAUAUUGCUGACAUAUGCAAAUUAAGCAAAGGCAUUAUCGCCCGUAUUCUAAAAGCUCGCAAUGACACUCGAGAGAAGCUCAGAUUGAACUUCCACUCAGCGAGUGUGAGUGAGCUUUUAGAAUAUGAGCGUAAGAGGCGGACCAUUAGAAAAAGAGGGGGGGGCAUGUAUUUUUUCAUGUUUGCAAUUUGUUUUCAGGUUGUCAAUGGACGUAUUACCUAAUGAACAAAAUUUUUAUCUAGACAAGUCUAGACCAAAAUUUCAUCACAGCUUGAAAGAGCAUCACAAAAUUGGUAAUAUUCUGAAGUUUCGUUGCAAAAUGUUGUAAAAUGCUGAUAAUAUAGCCCUGCGAAGUUUGCCGUUUUUCAGUCAUUUUGUAUUACGCACGGGAAAUUGCAGCAUGAGUUCCACCUUUGAAUUUACUAUAUGAGUAAAUUCUUAAACACGUCCGAAUUUAUCAUUAUGAUAAAUUCGCGGCACAUUUUGAAUUUAUCAUAAUAAUACAUUCGCGGCACCUAACACUAACCCCAACCCUAACCACUAACCCCUAACCCUAACUUUUUAAACUUUUUUGAAAAUCUAACUUUUUAAACUUUUUUUUUACUUUUUAAAUCUCUUUUAAAACUUUUUUAAAAACUAUUUUUUUGAAAAUCUCCCUUUUAGUGCCAUUACAUUUAUAGUCGGGCAGAUAGAGGACCAAAAUUAUGGAAAACUUACCAUAUCGUGGGACAAUUCCAUUUUGCCUUCAUAUUGUGGCUAAUAAGUACGUUUCUGUAUGUUGGCCGCGUUAAAAUUUCUUGUGGGCUCCUGCCGACACGUUUUUCUUCGAAUUUUGUAUUAAACUCUAUUACAGUUAAAAAAUGUGAAAUUUCUGAUACAUUUCUAAUACAAAUGACUUGCAUCAAUAGAAAGCUAACAAAAAACUACAUAUAAGACAUUUAAAUGGUUAGUUGGGAUUUUCAAGCGGUUUUCGAGUUAUUGCCGUUUCAAAUGUGAAAAAUAAGCCAAAAUCUCGCAAAAUUCCUGGGUACUAGUCUGAAAACACGCAUUCAACAGCUCAUAACUCAAGAAGGACUUGAAAAACCCGGGUAACCGUUUAAAUGUCUUAUAUGUAGUUUUUUGCAAGCUUUCAAUUGAUGUAAGUCAUUUGUGUUAGAAAUGUAUUUGAAAUUUCACAUUUUUUAACUGUAAUAGAGUUUAAUACAACAUUCAAAGAAAAACGUGUCGGCAGGAGCCCACAAGAAAUUUUAACACGGCCAACAUACAGAAACGUACUAACUAGCUUUCAGGGCACAAUAUGAAGGCAAAAUGGAAUUGUCCCACGAUAUCGCAAGUUUUUUUCCUUCUAUCUGCCCGACUAUUAUAACAAGAAGUGUUGUCUAAUGCUUGUGGUUUUAUGAUUAACUCUAUUGGUAAAUUCAAAAUGUGCCGCGAAUUUAUCAUAAUGAUAAAUUCGGACGUGUUUUAAGAAUUUACUCAUAUAGUAAAUUCAAAGGUGGAGCUCAUGUUGGGAAAUUGAUACCUUUUUUGAGAAAGCGGUAUCAAUUUUCCGUGCGUAAUACAAAAUGACUGAAAAACGGCAAACUUCGCAGGGUUAUAUUAUCCGCAUUUUCCAACAUUUCGCAACGAAACUUUUUGUGAUGCUCUUUCAAGCUGUGAUGAAAUUUUUGUCUAGACUUGCCUAGAUAAAAAUUUUGUUCAUUAGGAAAUAGGUCCAUUAUGUAUGUAAUUUUUUUAUGGAUAUAUUACAAUUUUGUUUUGAGACGUCCCUGUUGCAUGUUUUUUUUUAUUUUUUACCUUUUAUGCUUGUAUGCAUUUUUUAAGCAUGCAAAACGCUAAUUUUUUAGGGAAAAAUGUAAGUUUGCGUAAAUAGUUAAAGGGCUUUAACUGAAGCAAAUUGUCUGAAAUUUCGUGCAACAAUUAUUAAACACCUAACACAUUUUUCACCCAUUAACUCAAAAUAUGAUUAAAGCUUUUAAAUCUCGUGCGCAAGCCAUUUUUAGUUUGUUGGAAAAGACACACAGGGCCGCCCAGAGGGGGGGGGGGGCAAAGGGGGCAAAUUGCCCCGGGCCCCGAGUUGCUGGGGGCCCCUGAAAAAUUUUUGUAGGGCCCCAGCCUUUUUUGUGUGUUAAAUAUUUCCGCGCAAAGGACAAGAUAUCUGUUUUCUUGGGCUAAGUACCGAAUUUUGGCAUAAAAAAAUGAGAUAAAGUCCCUGGAAAGCAAUUGCAACGUACUCGUCCGGCAAAAUUUUGUACUCCGGAAAAAAUUUUUUACCCCUAAAAUGGUACACUGACCGAAAAUUUUUUGGUGACCGGGGGGGGAGGGGAGGUUAUUAUCCGGAAAAAAAUUUUUGCGGGAAAAUGUUUUUAGAUAGGGGCCCCUAAAAAAAAUUUGCCCCGGGCCGCCGCCAACCUCUGGGCGGCCCUGAAGACACACACCCCUGGUUUACAAAAUUUGAGUUCGAGAAAUUUUUUUCAUUAUUCUACAUUAGAAGUACCGAAGAAGCUAUAUAUAUCAAAAACUGGAUACUAAUAGCCGUUUUGCGAAAUUGAGAGCAAUUUCAAAUCUGUUCAGUUUUUUUAUACAUCCUGUAUAUAUGAUGUUUUUCUAUUUUAGGAGACUUCGCAAGGAGUUGGCCGCGAAGAUACUCAUUCAACUUUGUAUUGCCUUACUUUGUGUUCUGAUAGUGUUCGUUGUUGGUAUUGAACGUUCUCGUGUUGGUCCUAUUGGAUGUUAUAUCGUGGCUGUCUUGAUGCAUUACUUCAUCUUAGCCGCGUUCUUGUGGAUGUUAGUCGAAGCACAUUUCAUGUAUUUAGCUUUUGUUAAAGUCUGGUCACAACAUGGCGAACAUGAAUUGUUGAAAUGUUCCUUCAUUGCUUGGGGUAGGACACUUGUUUUCAAAUAUUCUUAAAGUGUAUAGACCGGUAAUGGCCUAUACAGCCAUUGCAAUUGACCUCGAAUUGAGCCAAUGCUCGACAUCUGGAGGAGAACUUAGAAUAAGCCGUUACCCAGUAAAGGGAACAAUUAACUCCAUUUUGCUUCAUUUUAAACAUUUUUUCUAGCAAGUAUUGCAGUAUGAAAUUAUUGUCGAUUUUAGGUCACUUUUUAAAGCUCAGUUCCCAAGUUUGUUGUGAAUAUUCUCAAGGUCGUUUGUAAAUUUUGAAUAUUGGGCAUCGAACUUGCAAAGCCAUCAAAGUUCUAAAGUACUCAACUAAAGUACCGAAGUACUGAACAUAAACUCGUAUUAAUUUAUAGUGUUUUACUAAUAUUUAUAAAGAAAGUGUGAUAUAACAGACAAUUUGAUUGGCUAAUGCGCGUGCACUGUGACGCAAUAAUGCAUUGUGGUCCGUGGCACUGCCUUACUCUUUCUGUGCUUUUUGCCCGCUUCAUCUCUGCUUUUUAGCCAGAAAUAUAAAAGAGACUAUAGAGCUUUUAAAGUACAAAAUUAAUCAGAAAGCAAGAAGGAAUAGACCAAGGGAACAAAGCAAUUUUAUCUAUUUCUAUGUACAGUAUACAAAUAGUAAAAUUAACUGGCUUGGCAUUCGUCGAAUUUGUUUUUGUCUUGAGAAGUUUUCAUUUUGGGCAAAAGCGUGUAAAAUAGCCGCGAAAAACCUUGAAAAAGAUGCAGGAAUACCAGAAACAUAGAAAAGGUGAUUUAGAAAGUGCCUUCAAUGCUUUGAUAAAAACUUAUUUAUUUUUGGCAAAAAAUACAAUAAUAUCAAAAAUUAAAACACGACGAAACCUAAAUAAUUUGUCUUAUUAUUAACAUGACAAAAUUACUGGAUGCUGCUUGGUUGAGAGGAGUACAAUUAUUUCAUUUUGUACUGCAGUAUAAUUAAUGAUUUUCCCAAAACAAACAAAAUGGCGGAAAGGUAUUUUGAACACAAAUGUGAAAUGAAAUUGCCCUUGAGGAACUAGAUGAAAAUGCGAACAAAAGCACCAAAUUUUGCUUUAACAAAAUAACUAAAUGAAAAUACGAACAAAAGUACCAAAUUUUGUUUGAAAGUCUGGCAGGACGCGGCUUUGGCGAGAGAAUUAUAUGAUGUGGACGGAGAAGUAUCUGAUUUUGUCAUAUGCUAAUAAUAAACAAGUAAUCAUGCGAUGUUGCUCGUAUACAGUUAGGGAUUAAUAGUACUCGUGAUCAGUGACGCCGUGGCCGGGGGGGGGCAUGCCCCCCCUAUUGUUUGAGAUCCGUCGGAAAAUUGUCAAUGUUGUUGGAAAUUGUCGGAAAAUUGUCAAUGUUGUCGGAAAUUGUCAAAGUUGUCUACGGGGGAGGGGGGGGGUGAAGAUUUGAAAUGUUGUCGUCCGGAAAAAGUUUUGGUUUGUCGGAAAAAAAUUUUCGGUUUGUCGGAAAAGCACUGCCCUUGACCCCUCCAAAAAACAUGGGUACUAUUAAUCCCUAAUUGUACUCGCCAUCGCAUGAUUACCUAUACUAAUAAUCUACAUCAAAAAAAUUCUCAAUUUUGAUUGGCUAAGAGAGGUGCAAUAUUUUCGAAAUACAGUGCCAGAAAAUGAAAUACAGUGCAUGCAUAUUUUUUUCAUGUUUAUUAUUAAUAAGUAAUAGUAUAGUUUCUCGUGUAGUUUGAAAAACUCGCUCGUGCAUGUUUUUCUUCCAAAUUGCACUCGAAACCAUACUAUAACCUAUACAAAUUUGUUGGGUAUAUUAGUAAAACACUGCAAGUUACGACUUUAUGUUCAGUACUUCGAUACUUAUAGUAAGAAACUUACUAAGUUGGCUUUGCAUGUUGCACGCCCAAUAUUUCAAAUUUUGGAACGUACUUGGAAAUAUUCACAACAAACUUGUGAACAGCGCUUUGAUGGAAUGCAGGGCAAUUAAAUUUGGUUUAAAACACAAGUGCGUAAAGGGGGAUGUUGACGAAACGUAAAGGGGCGUGAUACUGAAGUGUUUUGAUGAAGUUAUAUGCAGCGAGAUUUAAGUAUCAGACAAGGAUUGCAAGGUGUUGUAUUUCUAAUGUAUGUUCCUUUAUCCUUUAUCAGGUCUUCCAGCGGUUGUUGUUGGAAUAACCAUGGCAGUUAAUGUGGAUAAUUAUGGUGGUGGUCAUUAGUAAGUUCAAAACUCCAAGCUUACAGAUUAUCUAAGUUAUUUUUUUUCUUCACUCAUGGUCGGAUUUUGAGGGGAGGUGCACACCUCCCCUUACCUGAGAUCGUUUUGCACCUCCCCAAAAAAGUCAUGCACCGCCCCUUUGGAAAUUUUCAAUGAUAGAUCAAAGUGAAAAUUUGACAUUUUUUGGUUGCUUAGGUCUACAAUUCGUAAGAAAAGUUUUUCUGUAAAAUUGAAACAGUGAUAUAGCCAUUCAUCUCUGUGUCAAGUACCCUUUUAAUGCAAUGUUUUGAAAGAAACUUUGUAGUAAUUGUAAUGAAGUGCAAAAUUGGAUGAGUUGUACAGUCAUAAUUCAUUAACACACUGAUACAUAUAUGCACACUACAUGCAUACGUCACGUCGUUCACUUUGGCCCGUUCUAAGCCCUAACUUUCCAUGGGGGUCGUGAGCUAGACCGCUACACCUCCCCCACUAUUUCGACCAAAAUCCGGCCUUGUCUUCACUUACAAAAUUACGAAUACUUCUGGCAGCAUGACUGUUAUUAAUCGUAAAGAUGAAAUGACCUCAUUAAUUAACACUCUUCCGGAACGUACAGUACACGAGAACCUCGUUCUCAUGAUUGAAAUAUUGUUACAGUUGAUGAUACAUUUACGAAAUCAUACAGCUAUAUAAAACAUAUAAUAGAUCUUUAUAUAAUUAGAUGAUCAGUAACCAGAUAAAAGACUCUAAAGACAAUAUCUCAAUCCCGAAAACGAGGCUCUAUAUUGCCAAGGCUAAGUACCUUCUGGAAGGGUGUAUUAUGUUGAGCGGGUAGCCUUUUUUGCAAGGUCACAGUGUGUACUUACUCAAAUGUGUCUAGACCCCUUCAGUUCAACCCAAGAGUGUUAUAUAUACUGUAUAUUAUUCUAGGUCUUCAGGUUAAAUAAAACAAGGCCAUCAGUUACUUAAAAAUAUUAAAAAGUUUCGAUUCUUUGGCCCUGCAUGAUCUUCAUCACUGUAACAAUUUAACAAAUGAAUGUUGUAUUUUUCAGUUGUCGUAUUGAACGAAUUGCUUUCUAUGCAGCAUUCUUUGCACCGGUCAUGUGCAUUAUCUUUCUGAAUCUAAUUGUGUUUGGUAUCAUAAUGUACAAGUUAAACACACGCCCUGACAGUUCACUUGGUAAUGGUCGGAGCGCGAUGACGCAACGUAUGAAACAAGCUGUUGGUAUCAUGAUCUUGGUUGGAGUAACAUGGAUCUUCGGUGCUCUGGCAAUAAGCGGUGUUCGACUUAUAUUCAAUUAUCUUUUCGUCUUCUUUAACUCUAUACAAGGAUUUUGUAUCUUCCUAUUUUAUUGUCUAAGUCAGAAGAAUGUUCGUGAUUGUUGGAAAGCUCUACUGACUUGCCAACUGCAUAAGUUAUACAAAGAUAAGUCGUUUCAUACGAAUACCUACGACCGGCGACGAUGUUCAACCGCAAGUACAAAUGCAACUCAUAAUAAUACAUUGAGUCUUGCCAGAAAGAAGACCUCGACAUCAUCCGGAAAUACGGUAUGUAGAAAUCCCAACUUUACAGCACUUGUACUGGAUUGCUGAACAUUAUCUUUUGCAUGUAUUAUACUUGGCCAUCACAAUUGGACCUUUUACACCAUACUCGUGGAUAGCUCUAUCAUUCCGUCUUGACAGUUCUUCCUUGAUGCAAGUCCAGUAAAGACUGAUUUCCAGUUAAGCAUUUAUCAUACGUAGCUACUGUACCUGUACGUAGCUACAUGUACACGCACGGAAAAGUUUAGAUCCAUUUACAAGUUUCUUAUGAAAUAAUGAAAUGAAAAAUGGCAGAAUUUAGUUUUGCGUAUGAUUUAAAGUGUAACUGUUGAGGUAAUUAGGACUUAAAUAAACUUUAGAAAGAUUUAAACUUUUCCGAGAAAAACGCUUAACCAGAAUACCUGGAGGAAAACUGCAGUGUUUGGUAGUGUUUAACUGGAAGCACCAUUCUCAUAAGUGACUGGAGCAAAGCAUAAAAAGAAAACUUCGUAUUGCAGGAAUCUAACCCUGUUUGCAGAAGUGAAAAGCUCAUGCACUAAGGAUUUUGCAUGUGUUUUUAACCUGUAAAAGCGGUAUGAAGCCAAUUGAUAUAAAAAUCUAUACACUUUUAUUGUUUAUUGAAAUAUUUUUAUUUUUCUAUGAGCAUGUCAUGUUUAUAAUGCUCAUGUAAAAGCAGAUAAUUCAAAUAUCCAGCCCCAACAUGCUCUCGAUUAUUGUUUAUUGAAAUAUUUUUAUUUUUCUAUGUGCAUGUCAUGUUUAUAAUGCUCAUGUAAAAGCAGAUAAUUCAAAUAUCCAGCCCCAACAUGCUCUCGAUUAAUUUGAUUUUCGUUUUCAAAGGCAUAUCCUUCACACUCCAUGGACACUCUCAAUCGUGAAUUCACCUCGUACAACUGUAGCAGUGGCACGUUGCCUGGUAGGAAGGAAGGAAGCAAACCUAACAACCUCAACAACUUUAAACCAAAAGAUUGUAAUCUUCAAAAUGGCACGACAAGCAAUAGUGAUAUCUGGAAACGAUUGUCAAAUGCAGUCACAGGCGAUGACGAAACUCCGAAUUCCUUCUCAACCGAUACUCCAUUAACUCGCUCUCAUUCCUCAGAAACUCUAUGCUCGGACGACAGCAGCGAGAAUUAUCAUUCCUACGACUUGGUUGCAAGUUCGGAAGGGUCUCUCUUGAGUCUUCACUCAUUGGCAGAAAGUCAAGCCUCGGAUAAUCAAGGCUUUUAUAUUGUUAAUCCAAAGGAUAGUUGUAAUAAUUCACUCCAUAGUGACUCAGCACCAAACACACCGUCACCGGGGGAAGUCAAACGACCCAUGCCAACUCCACUUACAAGGAACAACCGACUAACAGUUCCACCUCCUACUAAAAGAAUGCAACAGUUGCAAGCAAAACCAAAUAAUAAUGAUCCUUUGGCCAUUCCAGAUGAUUUCGGUAAGUUAAUAUUCUUGCAUACAUUCCUUUACCACACAGUGCUUCACUUAAAAAUUAUAUAUCGUAGUAUGUUUUGCACAUCGACAAUCUUGGACAAAAUGAGUUGAUGACUUUUAAGAACUAUUCAUUCCAUUGUUUACGUGUAUGCGAUGUUUAUGGAGUACCCCCUUCCUCUCCUUUCUCUAAUUAUUUUUGUUUCCUUGGGAAGAGGAAUUUUCCUUCUCCUAACAACAUUCGCUCGCAACUACACUAAUUUGUCCAAGAUAUAGUGCAUCUUCUGUAAAACUAACAAUUUAUCUGUAAAACCUAACCCUCUGUCACGUUUGGUAAGAUGCUAACCACUUAGAAUGUAUGUAGGUUUUAAUCUGUGUCUGCUAGUGCGAACCCACGUACAAAGGUAAUAUCGCAUCUUACACAAAAUAAUGUUAUACAGAAAUGUUCUCAAGAAAAGACGGUGAGCAUGGCCUAUUUUGCUGAUACUUCUCAUUAUUUUCUUGUUGCUUUUUUGGUGUAUCAAGUACGGAAAAAGUCACCGAAAUAAAACAUAGGCCAUUCUCACAAUUUAAAGAUCCUAGUGAAAUGCAUAUGUUCAAUUAAAAAGUUUCCUGAGCCCUCCUGGGCAAGCUUAUUAACUCUUUGGAGCAAACGUAUAUAAAAUGUGUUUAAAAGGGAAAUGGCAAUAUUAAUAAAUUAAGUUUGUCUUAUUUGAAAGAACAUUUAAAAUUAUAUGUAAACUUCCAUUACAAUUCUUUCAUAUCUUGCUUGGUUUUCGAAAUAAAUCGACUUAUUUCGAUCAAAAGCAGCGUGCAUUCCGCCAUCUUGGAUAUGCAUUCGAUAUGCAUACGUCACAAGUGGGGUAAAAAACGGAAUUUUUAUCUUGCAAACCACAUAUCAUUGUCAAUAUGAAACUCGAUUUUCCGAAGUCUUUUUAGUACUCAAUUAACUCACAUCAUUUUUGCUUGUGACGUCAUCAUCGUUAAUUAGAUGAUUUAGAUCAUUUAUAAUACCAAGAUGGUGGACUGCACACUGUUUUUGGUCAAAAUAUUUCGAAAACCAACCAAGGUACAAAAAAGUUGAAAAGGGUCUUCAUAUAUAACUUGAAAAUUUAUUUCAAAUAAGACAGAGUUAAUUUUUAUUGCCAUAUCCUUUUAACAAUGGUAACUUCCCUUUACCUUCCCUUUUUAUUAUUCAGCCUCGUCUUAAGUUAUAUAAGCUUGGGCGUUGGACGUCCUUCAAUAUAUUUUUCUUUUACAUCUAGGAAAAUUGAUAGUGAAUCCUUCCCGUGGUUCAGUACGAGGUGUCCGUGGUGUAGUCGAGACUUCAGUUGACACAUACGACGAAGAUUCACACGCUGCAAUAACACCACAAGGUGUAAGGUUGGCAGAAGGAAUAAACAAUGAACAGCAAGAUAACUUUGGCUCGAAUGAAUGUAUCGCCUCGCCGAUGUAUUUUGCGCAAAACAAUCGCGCCAAAUCAAAAGACAGAAACUCGUCGACAAAUGAAAGUACCAUUGGAGAUGUUUGUCUGUAGUCAUGUUGCAGUGAAAUAGAUGAAAAUGUUGAGUGUUCGUGUUUGACACUGUAUAACUACUCAAUUUUGAAAUCGUUGUUGUACGAUUAAGAAAAUCGUCCUGGCAUCGCGUCCUAAUGAAAUGUAUAGUCAUUAUUUUGCCGAAGAUCUGGUAUCAACCAUUACAAACCAAAACCUACAUGUAUUAUCUUGCAUGUACUGUAUGGUGUGGAACUAUUUAAUAGGUGUAUAUAAAGUAGGAUCGAUUUAUUCUGUGUGCGUUUUGUGUUGUCGUAUUAUGUAGCUAGCUACAGAGUUUAAUGCUGUCUGAUAACUUGUCAUAUGUGUAUGUAUGGUUUUUUUUAUAUCUGUCAUGCUUGUAGAUAGACUUACUCAAUACUUGCUCAAUGGAUUGGAAAACACCGGGAAAAUCUCGAUUCGCACCCGUUUUAAAGAUAUAUUUAAGGAGCACACGUUUAUAUUAUUCGGCGGUUAUGGCCUUAUUUCGCGGAGACAAAAGCGAAACGCUACCAGCCAUUAAUCCCAUUUUGAUUUGGUGAAUGCCGAGUUUUCCAAUCCAAGAUAGUUUUCUGCUGGACAGAAAAUACUUUCCAUCGCUUCUUAUUACUUGGGAAGAAUACUUAAUGUUAACUACUGGAUGCAUGAUUACGGAACAUAGUUUUGGGAAUUACUCGUAUUUUUAUAAAAAUUACAUGGAAUACUGCUUGAAAAUUUAAAGCUGUAAAAUAU